AUUUGUGGCGAAAUCAUGUUGAGCAUCCCAAAGGAUCUAGUGAACAUGUCAUCAUCCAUCAGUGCUGAACGAAAGCCUCCCAGUGUCGUCCUGUGCCGUCUCUACCUGUGUGAAUGUCGAACAUUUUAAACCCUUGUGACGUCUUUUUGCCUUGUGUGAUAUGAAAAGUCGAUUGCGACCAGAGAAUCUAACAGUGCAUCAGAAUGUGUGACGAUGAUGCUGGAGGUCUAGUCAUUGACAAUGGAUCCGGUAUGUGCAAGGCCGGCUUCGCUGGUGACGAUGCUCCACGUGCCGUAUUUCCGUCCAUUGUUGGCCGCCCACGCCAUCAGGGUGUGAUGGUCGGUAUGGGUCAGAAGGAUGCUUAUGUUGGUGACGAAGCCCAGUCCAAGCGAGGUAUCCUCACCCUGAAGUACCCGAUCGAACACGGUAUCAUCACCAACUGGGAUGAUAUGGAGAAGAUCUGGCAUCACACCUUCUACAAUGAACUCCGAGUAGCGCCAGAAGAACAUCCAGUCCUGUUGACUGAAGCUCCAUUGAAUCCAAAGUCCAACCGUGAGAAGAUGAUUCAGAUCAUGUUCGAAAACUUUGCUUCGCCAGCUGCUUAUGUUGCCAUCCAGGCUGUCCUGUCCCUGUACGCUUCCGGUCGUACCACCGGUGUCGUUCUGGAUUCCGGAGAUGGUGUUUCGCACACUGUCCCAAUCUAUGAAGGUUAUGCUCUGCCACAUGCCAUCCUCCGUAUGGACUUGGCUGGUCGUGACUUGACCGACUACCUGAUGAAGAUCUUGACUGAACGAGGAUACUCUUUCACCACUACUGCUGAGCGUGAAAUCGUUCGUGAUAUCAAGGAAAAGCUGUGCUACGUAGCUCUGGACUUCGAGCAGGAAAUGCAAGCUGCUGCUGCAUCCUCAUCUUCCGAAAAGUCCUAUGAACUUCCCGACGGACAGGUCAUCACCAUCGGCAACGAGCGUUUCCGUGCCCCAGAAGCUCUGUUCCAGCCAUCUUUCCUAGGCAUGGAAGCCAGCGGUGUACACGAGACUGUCUACAACUCAAUCAUGCGAUGCGAUGUUGACAUCCGUAAGGAUCUCUAUGCCAACAGUGUUUUGUCCGGUGGUACCACCAUGUAUCCAGGUAUUGCUGAUCGUAUGCAGAAGGAAAUCACCUCCCUGGCUCCAUCGACCAUCAAGAUCAAGAUCAUCGCUCCCCCAGAACGUAAAUACUCCGUCUGGAUCGGCGGCUCCAUCUUGGCUUCUCUGUCUACCUUCGCUACCAUGUGGAUCACCAAGCACGAGUACGAUGAGGGUGGCCCAGGAAUUGUCCACCGCAAGUGCUUCUAAGUAAUAUUUCCUUCGACGCGCUUCUAUCCAUCAAAUGUAACAUCAACCACCACCACCAGUAACCUCUAACAACAGCAACAACAGCAAAGAACUAAGCAACAAGCUAUCUGAUAGACUCCGGCAAAUCUCGGCCAAAGGGAUUGGUACAAACCACCUACCAGCCCCAUGGCAGGAAUUGUCGUUUUCAAUUCCAAAAAGAGCACCUUAGGAUACCGUCAGGGAACUUUCUCGAUGACACCAAGCUAAUCCCAGCUCUUUGAGGAAUUGGGUACAUUGCAUCUGCAACUGUAAGCAACCAUUGAAUCAAAGUUGAUACUACAACAUUUCAUAUUCCUAUAACUAUGUUAAUAUUUGAAGAAUACAUUUUUUAAAAAAUAUUUUGAUAAAUUUGAGAGCUUGUCAA